AUGAUUUUUUUUAUUUUUUUUUUCUGGUUUAUUUUUUUUUACACAGUUUUUUUUUGUGUCUUUUGUUUUUUGAUUAAUCUGACUAAUAAUCCGUGGAACAAUGAAAAAAAAAAAAGACCAACCAGAAAGCCGCCGUUGAGGACUUCCCGGAAUUAUUUGUGGAAAGUCAUAGAAAAAGAAAAAUUUUUUUUAUUUCCGUUUCGAUUGCUCCUCUUGCUUCACCCCUUUUUUUUUUCCGCUGGCUUCUGUUUUUUUCUAUAUCCUUCCAUUUGUUGUUCUCUUUUUUUUUUCCUGUUUCUUUUGCUCCCUUGGCGGGGAAAAGAAAGAGAGGAAGAGAAGAAGGCUGCUCAUUUUCUUUGGAGACCACGAGGGUUGUUGGUUGUUUCCACAGGCCACGAGGACAACAAUUUUAAUUUCUCCAUCUCUUUUCAUUUCCAUUUUCCUUCCCUCUUUCUCUCUCUCUCUCUCUUUGACUCUUUGACUCUUCUUACUUUCUUUCAUUUAUUCUCACACUCUCGACUCGGUUUCCCCCUGUUCGUUUUGUUUUCCCUGUUUCUUUCACUUUCCUCUUUUUUACAGGGGAGAAGAAAAAGAGACUUUUUUUAUUUUUUACUCUUGCACCCCUUCCUCCUCCCUUCCCCUCUUUUCCUCUUGAUGUCGUGUUGGUCCCACGGUUUCUGA